GAUAAGAAAACUGUGAGAUUGUUCAUACUAAUUAAUGGCUUCUUCUUUUUACCUUACCACUAUUGCAGCUGCAAUAGGCUUCUUCACCCUUUUGAGAAAGCUCAGAGUUCAUCAAGAUAACCAAGAAAAGAAGUCAUCUUCUUCAUCUCCUUCAUCAUCAUCUACAUCUUCUUUGUCUCUUUCAUCAGUUACUCCACCUUCUUCUUCAUCUCGCAACUGGACAUACCAUGUCUUUCCCAGCUUCCGCGGCGAAGAUGUCCGUAGAGACUUUCUCAGUCACAUUCAGAUGGAGUUUCAAAGAAUGGGAAUCACUUCCUUCGUUGAUAAUGAGAUCAAAAGAGGAGAAUCCAUAGCACCCGAGCUCAUUCGGUCAAUUGGAGAAUCCAAGAUCGCAGUUGUGCUGGUCUCUAGGAACUAUGCUUCAUCAAAAUGGUGUCUUAACGAACUGGUGGAGAUUAUGAAGUGCAGAGAAGAAUUAGGCCAAACUGUGAUGCCCAUUUUUCAUAAAGUGGAUCCAACUGAUGUCAAAAACCUGACCGGAGAUUUCGGGAAAGUUUUCAGAAGAACUUGCGCUGGUAAAACAGAACAGGACAUAUGGAGAUGGAGACAAGCUUUGGCAGAAGUGGCCACCAUCGCUGGUUAUCAUUCAACCAACUGGGAUAAUGAAGCAGCCAUGAUCAAGAAAAUCGCCACUGAUAUUUCGAACAUAUUGAUUAAUUCCACACCAUCAAGCGAUUUCGACGGGUUUGUUGGGAUGAGAGCUCAUUUAGAAAAGGUGGAAUCAUUGUUAUGCCUACACUCAGAUGAAGUGAGGAUGGUUGGAAUCUGGGGUCCUCCUGGGAUUGGGAAGACCACAAUUGCCAGAGUUGUAUACAACCAACUCUCCAACAGUUUCCCGCUGAGUGUCUUUAUGGAGAAUAUCAAAGCAACCUAUUCAAGACCAACCGGCUCCGAUGACUACAGCGCGAAGUUGCAACUACAGCAAAUGUUUCUGUCUCAAAUAACGAAGCAGAAGGAUAUGGAGAUUCCUCAUUUAGGAGUUGCCCAAGAUAGGUUGAAAGACAAGAAAGUUCUGGUCGUUCUUGAUGGGGUGAACCAGUCAGUACAACUAGAUGCCAUGGCGAAAGAAACUUGGUGGUUUGGUCCUGGGAGUCGAAUUAUCAUUACAACACAAGAUCAGAAACUUUGUAAAGCACAUGGGAUUAACCAUAUAUACCAGGUGGAUUUUCCACCAGAUAAAGAGGCUCUUCAAAUCUUCUGCAUGUAUGCUUUUGGUCAAAAGUUUCCUAAAACUGGUUUUGAGGAGCUUGCUAGGAAAGUUACAAACCUUUCUGGUAACCUCCCUUUGGGGCUAAGAAUUAUGGGCUCCUAUUUUCGGGGAAUGUCGAAGGAAGAGUGGAAAAAGUCACUACCAAGAUUAAAAACUAGCCUUGACGCUGAUAUUCAGAGCAUUUUGAAGUUCAGCUAUGACGCUUUAGAUGACGAAGAUAAAGAUUUAUUUCUUCAUAUAGCAUGUUUUUUCAACCAGAGAGAGAUUAAGAUAGUGGAAGAGCAUCUUGCAAAGAAGUUUGUGGAAGUAAGGCAAAGACUUAACGUCUUGGCUGAGAAAUCUCUCAUAUCUUUUAGCUUCUUUGGAACUAUAGAGAUGCAUAGUUUGCUAGCAAAACUAGGUGGAGAAAUUGUUCGUAAACAAUCUAUUCAUGAGCCUGGACAGCGCCAGUUUUUGUUUAAUGAAGAAGAGAUAUGUGAUGUGCUGAUUGGUGAUGCAGCAGGUAGUAAAAGUGUAAUAGGCAUAAAAUUCCGCUACAGAAUCGAGGAAGAAUUCGAUCUAAGUGAGAGGAUUUUCGAAGGAAUGUCUAAUCUUCAGUUCUUAAGAUUCAUUUGUGGCCGUGAUACAUUGCAACUACCUCGCGGUCUGAACUAUCUUUCUCGUAAAAUUCAGUUACUAGAUUGGAAAUAUUUUCCGAUGACAUGUUUGCCUUCUAUUGUGAACGUGGAGUUCCUUAUUGAACUAAACCUGAAGCACAGCAAGCUUGAAACGUUGUGGGAAGGAAUUAAACCGCUUCAAAAUCUCAGGCGGAUGGAUUUGAGUUAUUCUGUAAACUUGAAGGAGCUUCCUGAUCUCUCAACUGCCACUAAUCUUCGAAAAUUGAUUCUUUAUGGUUGCUCCAGUCUGAUCAGACUCCCUUCUUGUAUUGGGAAUGCCACCAAUCUCGAGGAUUUAUAUCUUACUGGGUGCUCCUUCCACAAUCAAAAGAUUAUUCUCAGAUUUGGUAAGUGCUUUAAACUGAAUCAAGAAGCAAGAGACCUCAUCAUCCAGACACCGAGUAGGGAAGCAGUCCUACCUGGUAGAGAAGUGCCUGCGUACUUCACUCACCGAGCAACUGGGGGUUCAUUGACAAUUAAGUUCAAUGAGAGGCCACUUCCUAGAUACAUGAGAUUUAAGGCUUGCAUCUUGCUGGUUAAUAAUGGUGACUAUGAGGCUCCUGAUAGAGAUAAUAAAUGGUUACAUAUUUCUUUCGGUGUUAGGUCUAGAACAUCGGGAGAAACUAUUUCUCCAUGCCUAACAGAGCAUCUGUACACAUUCGAAAUCGAAGCAAUUGUAGCUUCCAGCGAGCUUGUCUUUGAGUUCAACGUCAAAUACCGUAACGACUGGAAGAUAGGAGAAUGCGGGUUACGUUCGGAAGUUCUACAUGUUGUUGAUGGACACGAAUGAGAGCCUGAGCGGUAAAGACUGUUGUUACUUUGAAAUACGAGAUCGGAAUCCACUUCUGCCUCAACCAUGUCGAACGUCCAAAAGUCCUCUCGAAGAGCUCUUUGACUUCGACAGAAGCCAAGACGAAGACAAACCUGUUGUCUAUGGUUCAUCCUUUUACUCCUCAUUCUGUCUCUGAUACUUUGAGAAUCAUUAAAAUGUGAUAUACUUCAAAUUCGACCUCUUAGCUUACUUGUUGCUUGUUCAUAGAGUGGCUUGCAAUUGUAAUGUGGUUAUUCUGUUACCAAUGUACUUUGCUCAUAUAACUAUAACCAAUUGCCUUCUCCCA